GGACAAAUACAAAGAAAGCACAGGAUAGAGGGUGCAGGGAGAUAGGGACGGGUAUUGUUCUUACUUGAAUGAGAGGAAAUGGGCUUGAGCUACUGCCUAAGAGAUGAAGGUUAGACUUAAAAGUAAGAGCUCUUUGAACAGACGAGUAUAGGAAACAUGCAAUUCAGAAAUUCUAGAAAGGAGCUGAAGGAAUAGAUUGUAUGGAUUUACAUGGAAAAUCAUCAUCAUCAAGCAAAUCCUCCCCCGCAAAAGGUUAAGAUGGUGGAAACAUGCUGGCCAGUGCUCAAAACUCCAGUGUGUCUUGCUUCCGAGGCUAGCAGGCCGAGUCAGGAGAAGAGAUACGAGAAUACAAGUCUUCUCAUCUCUCCUUUGAGCUAUUCGCACAGCAUUUCUAAGUGCUAAGAGCAAACACCAAACCUCUCUUGUCCACAGGUAGUUCCACAGAGACUUUCAUAGUGCCUGGCUUGUAGUAGAUGUUAAAUAGAUAUCUAUUAACUUCCUUUUAAACAACAUAACUAUUCUUAUUUCCUCGCCAGUGACCUCUGAAUUGCCUAUCAGACUGGGCCUAGCAUAUAUGUUACUAAAUGCUUCUGAGUUGAACUGAAUGAAAAUGGGAAAUAUAAAAGCAGAGAGAAGGGCGAGAUGAACUCUAUCCCUGUGGAUAGAAUGAAGGGGGCAUAGCAAGUGGGGAGGGGGGGCAUCUAUUCGAGGAAAGAGGCUGUUUCCUCCCUUCUUCCAUCCUGUAUCCAGAAAGUGGAGAAAGACAUGAAGUGAGAGUCCAAGACAGGCAGAAGAGAGGACAUUUUUUCAGUCUAGAAAAAAGUGCUCAUCAGUUCCUCUAAAAUUUUGACUGUGAAGAAAGAGAUUGUGAAUAAGCCUGGACUCUAGAUAGUGACGCAAUAGUGCAGAAUCCAGAAUGGAUGUCCUCUUUGUAGCCAUCCUUGCUGUGCCACUUAUCUUGGGACAAGAAUAUGGGGAUGAAGAAGGACUAGAAGAGGAUGAUUAUUAUCAGGUGGUCUAUUAUUAUACAGUCACCCCCAAUUAUGAUGACUUUGGUGCAAAUUUCACUGUUGAUUACUCCAUAUUUGAAUCAGAAGACAGACUGAACAGGUUGGAUAAAGAGGUAAGGGAAGGAGCGGAAACUACUACCAUUAGUCACGAAACAGAACUUACAGACCAUCAGGAGCCUGAAACAUUGAAACCAAUGACAAAGGAACCACAGAGUCCAGAUCUGAACGAUGCUGUAUCCAGUCUGCAGAGUCCUGUUCCCCUCCUCCUGUCCUGGGCCCUCGUUCAGGGGGGGAUGUAUUUCAUGUAGAAGGAAAAAGAAGGCUGCUACAAAUCUUUGGAUGGGGAUUUGGGAAGAGGAAUUUGGAAGAUAAAUAAAUGAAAUAAUCUGGUUACUCUCUA